AUGUAUUUCUCUAAAGCAAUAGUCCUUUUGCCAGCUCUAGUAGCUGCUGCUCCGAUCUUCGAGGGAGCUGGAAACGCACCUCCAAUUCUGCUCGCUCGAGGCUUGGAUGAGGACUUAGCAAAAUAUGGUCGCAGCGUCGAUCAAGACCUUGCAAAAUACGGAAAGCGAGCAGUGGACCAGGACCUUGCAAAGUAUGGGAAGCGAGCAGUGGACCAAGAUCUUGCCAAAUACGGUAGACGUGAAGCUGCUGUUGAUCAAGACUUAGCUAAAUACGGCAAACGUGCAAUUGAUCAAGACCUGGCAAAGUAUGGAAAGCGUGCAGUAGACCAAGAUCUUGCAAAAUAUGGGAAACGAGCAGUUGAUCAGGAUCUUGCCAAAUAUGGUAGAAGUGUAGACCAAGAUUUGGCCAAAUACGGCAAACGAGCAGUUGACCAAGACCUUGCAAAGUAUGGUCGCUCGGUCGACCAAGAUCUUGCUAAAUACGGCAAACGUGAAGCAGCCGUCGACCAAGACCUCGCCAAGUACGGUAGAUCAGUCGAUCAAGAUCUUGCAAAGUAUGGUAAAAGAGAGGCGGCUGUUGACCAAGACCUCGCCAAAUACGGACGCAGUGUCGACCAAGAUCUUGCAAAAUAUGGGCGUUCAGUAGACCAGGACCUCGCAAAGUAUGGCAAAAGAGAAGCAGCUGUUGAUCAGGAUCUCGCUAAGUAUGGACGAAGCGUCGAUCAAGAUUUGGCCAAGUACGGAAAACGCGACGCCUCCCCGGCUGUUGAUCAAGACCUCGCAAAAUAUGGACGUUCAGUAGACCAAGAUCUCGCCAAGUAUGGAAAACGUGAAGCAGCUCCAGCAGUUGAUCAAGACCUUGCCAAAUAUGGCAGAAGUGUCGACCAAGAUCUUGCUAAAUAUGGAAAACGGGAAGCUGCCGUUGCCGUCGAUCAGGAUCUUGCAAAGUAUGGCCGAUCAGUUGACCAGGACUUGGCUAAGUAUGGCAAGUAA